AUGGCGCCAUCUAAGCAGCAAGGUCAGAAGGGCCCUAAGAAGGGGGGAAAGAAGAAGACUACCGAUCCAUUUUCUAAAAAGGAAUGGUAUGAGUUGCGCGCUCCUGCAGUUUUCUCGAAGAGGACUUGCGCUCGUACCCUGAUCACUAGAACUCAGGGUACAAAAAUUGCCAGUGAGGGUCUCAAGGGUCGUGUGAUCCAAUUGAGCCUGGGGGAUUUAAAUGACAAAAAUCAAGACGUCUUUCGAAAAUUUAAACUCCAGGUUGAGGAUGUGCAAGGCACCAAGUGCCUCACAAACUUUCAUGGUAUGGACCUCACGCGUGACAAGCUGUGCAGUCUCGUGUUGAAAUGGCAAUCGACCAUCGAGGCUCACGUUGACGUCAAAACCACUGACGGCUAUGCACUUAGAUUCUUUGUGAUUGCGUUCACAAAGAAGCAGGAGCAUCAGAAGUGUCACGCCUACGCCCAGACAACAAGGAUAAAAAAGCUUCGGGCAAAAAUUGUGGAGGUUGUUCAGCGUGAGGUAGCUCGAUGCGACCUCCAGGGCGUUGUUAAGAAGCUUGUCCCCGAUUCAAUAGGUGAGGAUGCCUUCAAAGAGGCUUCUGCCAUCUUCCCACUCAGUGGGGCGUAUGUGAGGAAGGUGAAAGUGCUAAAGAAGCCCAAACUCGAUAUUGGACGCUUAAUGGAAAUCCAUGGAGGCGAUGCAAAGGCAGAUGAAUUCGGAGAAGGUGUUUCUAGACCUGACAACUACGAGCCGCCGGUUGUGGAUGCUGUGUAA